AUGCGGUUCGUUUCCUUCGUUGACCACAUCAGAUUUCGGGAUGUGACAACUCUUACUUCUUCUGGAUUCUGUCUCUAUGAUGUGGAUAACGAUGGUGUAAGUCUCUUCUGUGGACACUAUUUGCAGGACAAUGAACUAGUUGUUGGACAUUGGGAUUCGGGCAAAAUUCAGCGCAAUGGCGAGGCCAACAUUAAAGAAAACAAAGGAAUUGUUUAUGUCAUGAAGUACGGCGAAAUUUGGAAAGUUGCGUGCAAUUUGGGCAUGAGCGACGACUCGAUUCCGCAUGAUGCAACUGCGAAAACCUCCAAGGGCCCUUGUGACGUACUUGUCUCUUAUUCCGACAGAGUUGUCCGCCUUUUUCGAUGGUUUGUUGGAGAAAGUAAACAACAGCCAUGUGGUGAACUUGUUGCGCUUCUAAAAUGGGAGCUAGCAGGACAGAUAGGUCGUAUCGAUCUGCAUAACAAGGCUAAUUCACAAGGCAUGGUCAGUUAA